CUUGUCCCAGGUUCCCAACACCUGCUCCAUACCGGAAGAAGGAAUUUCCCGCACUUUUUCUCCGAUUUUAUUACUGUACUGUAGUAGUAAAUUACAUUUUCACCAUGUCUCCUGCACUCUACAACUCUCUGUUUAUUCUGCUCAUAUCCCUCCAUACUGGGCUCUCUCAGUUGGUGAGAACACAGCAGGUUGUCACAGCAACCCUGGGAGAAGAUGCAGUCUUAAUCUGUGAGCUCAUGAAACCCAAAGAUGUGCGGCAAGUCACCUGGCAAAAAGAGACAACUGGGGUGAAUGAAAAUGUGGCCACUUACAGCAAACGUGGUCCCCAUGUCAACCCACCUUUUCAGAGGAAAGUGGAGUUUGAAGACGAGGGACUGCAGAACUGCUCUAUUGUCAUCAGAGGAGUGUCAAGAGGAGACGAGUCCUGCUACAAGUGUCUGUUUAACACCUUUCCAGAUGGACCUAUCAGCGGAAGGACCUGUCUCCAAGUCAAUGAGCUGUAUGGACCCUCACUACUCAUCACACAAACCAACAACAGUCACACCACUCUGUCCUGUUCUGCUACUGGACGACCUGUUCCUAUAGUAACCUGGGAUGACAUGAUAGAACAUUCCACCAUGGUUGAUGUCACCCAUCCCAAUGGGACUGUCACUAUGACAACUACUGUAACAGUGGUAGUGUCCAGUCUAACUGACAAAGAGGUUAGGUGUGUUGCCUCUAUGUCCUUCAGUGAUGUCACCAAGAAUGUUUCCAUGGUGAUUCCAGCUUCAAUUACUGGUCAAUCUCAGGUCUCUGAUGAUGACAGGAUCAGUGGUACAGUGGUUGGUGGAGUGAUGGGUGCAGUGUUGUGUUUAAUGUGUCUCAUUGCUGUAUUCUGUGUAAUAUGGUGGCAAAAGAGGAGAAAAGACACCUCUUCCAGAAAACCCCCAGUUCCUGACCCUGAAAUCAGCAGAACUCCCUUAAAGACACCACCAACAUCCAAACAGUCACAAUCGUCAACUAGCUCACCAAACAACUCAACAACCAGCUCACCAAACAACUCAACAACCAAGCAGAGGAUGACUAAGAACUCCAGUCCGUCACAAAUCUCGUCUGACAAGCGCAGGAUGCAACAAGCUCAGGAGGCUGUAAAGAAGAACCUUUUCAAUGACUACUGAGUGGCUGUACUCACAUUGCCACACACACACCUGAUCAUUACUGACUAAUCUGGUUCAUGUUAUUUUAUCUUUAAAAGUCUGUGACAAUCAAUACAUUUUUUUAAAACAGUCCUUUUAAAAGAUAUUGUACUGAGCCUGUUAUAACAGUUAUCUUCGUUGCCUGGUUUGUCUCAGGUCAUGAUACCUUAGGGCCUAGGGAGAGUUGUGCAGGUCAGUUUAAAGAUUUUAGGGAGAAACCAAAAAUCUCUCUGAGACAUUUACAAAGACCACACACGUAAGAGGGGAACAUCAAUCGUAUUGGACACUUCCACUGAACAAUCAAUAUGCAGUUCUGCCAUUAGGUAACACUCAGGUUUUGACCUCUUAAUAGCAAGAAAGACUGCAUCAGUACAGCUUUAAAUGUUUAUCUGGUAUAUACCUUGUAAGCAUGUGCAUCUGUCAUGUGUGUUGCUGUUUCUUUAUCUUGUGUGACGUGCCACAGCUUAUGUUCCUUAUGGAUAAUGUUUAAUUUAAUCUAUUCAAUUUAAGGUUUCAAAGGGAGGGUAUAUUACCCUUAAACUACCAGAAUUUUGGCAACUUUCAAGUUUUGGGGGUGAAUUUUAUAAGAUCUAGUGAGUUUUUUUCAGAUUAUCACUUCAGAUUAUCACAUGUCUGUAAUUAUCUUUGGCCCUCUGUGUGGCCUUAUCACAUGUAAAAUAUAUACAAUUAGAGUUAAUAAAAAAUAAUGUAAUUGUUGAUUAGAUGAUUUUUCAUUAGACAAUUUUCUCUUGAACCUUAUGGCCUAUCCACUAGAAAUUCAUGGACAAUAAGGACAUAGAUAUGUGAAUACAGUUUUUCAAAGUUAUUCAAGUAUAAAUGACAAAAGUUUCCAUACUAGAAAUAAUUUGUGCUGACAUCAAAAUAAAUUAACCAGCAAUUAGAAGUUUAACCAAUCAGAGUAUCAAAGCCAAUUACAUGAUUCAUGUAAGCCAACUCUUGCUCAACCCAUCAGUUUCUGGGACCAAUCAGAAUGGUGAGAAUGUUUUCACAUUCUUAAGACGUUGGGAAGGAAAGCAAAUCCAGACUCAUGGUGGAGAAGAAACGCUAGUGGGCGUGGUGUUUGGCCGGAGCGAUGUGGAUAGGUAGUCAGGCUAACUGAUGUGCAGGAAGGAAACGACAGACCGGCCACCAUGAAACAGUUAUCUCAUGCUUUAAAUAGACUGGCCUUGCAUCCACAGAAGUACAUAGGCUACAGCAUACAUACAUUUUUGGGGAAAAAUAGUUGUAAUAAAUCAUAUCCAGCUCGUUA